UAAAAAACAUAAAGCAUCUUCUACAAUACAAAUAUGUUUUCGCCAAACAAAUAAACCUACUCACUUGACCUGAAUCGAAUUCAUCUCUUCUCAGGACAACGUCCUAUUUCGCUUCCAUGGCUGAAUAUGAGGAGCUGAUUUGGGGAAAUGAUCAGGUUCUCCGGCGUGGAAGGUCUACUUGUUCGUCGUGCAUAGCUUUUAACCCAAACCCUAACACUACUACCGGUGGUGGAGACAUCUUACCCGAAAAGAAAUCAAAAUUAACGACGGUCAAUUCUGAUUUCUUCAGUUUUUCAGGCGAUCUUGAGUACUUGGUUAAGAAUGACGAUGAUCAGUACAUAACCGAUCAACCACAAACUGUUCCGGUGUGUCAAGGCCAGAAGUCGAGGCCAAAACCAUCCGAUGAACUGGAAAUUCCUCAGCUUCCAAAAUAUACAAAUGAUCGGCCACAUCGUAAGUAUAAAGAGUCUUAUAACCGUCAAGAUCUUGUAGAGGAAGCUGAGAUAAAUCGGAUCCAGCGGAUCAACAGUCAUCCUCAAGAAGCAGUUUCUGAUCAGCAAUCAGAAGCUCCUGUCCGUCGUAAAGGAGCUCCAAAUGAUCCGACCAGUUCUUCUUUGAAGAGGCGGAGAGACGAACAUACAGAAGAGACGUCGUCUUUGAGUGAAAAGAAAAGAAGAAAAAAGAUCAACCAGAAGAUGCGUGCGUUACAAGCUCUCAUACCUAAUUCUCACAAGGUGGAUAAAGUUUCUGUUCUUGAUAACGCGAUUGAGCAUGUAAAGACCCUUCAGCUUCAGCUACAGAUGAUGUCAAUGGGAUGUAUGGCACCAAUGUUUUUACAAUCCUUAGCUGGUUUGAGUCCCAUGGGGUUUGGGUUGGGUAUGAGAAUGCCUAUGCCUAUGCCUAUGGCUCAGUUUCCAGCCGCUCAGGCGAUGCCUAUGUCGCUGAGAUCGCAGCUGCCGUUCUUUCCUUUUAUUGGGGCCGGAGGUUCCUCAAUGCCGCUGAGUUCCGUUGAACAUCUGUUCAGAUUCACGGAUGCGGUUGGUGGCUCAAAUUUGCAAUCGUCCCCUCAGGACUCGAUGCAAAAUCGCCGUCAUUAAACUUCACUGAUCUCAUUGACCAUCAAGUCUUGGACGAAAUCAAAUAGCUUCAUAUACAUACGUAUGCUCCAGUUAACUAUAGCUUGCUGGUCUUAUGAAGGAGAAGGAGCAGAAUGAGAUUUGGCGUGACAGUAUCACAGUCAUAUUUUACAUAAUUUAAAAAAAGGAGUCAAAAAAUUUAAUAAUAAAAAAGAAAACCAUGGUCUACAGUUUGCUGUACAUUUGUUUAACCUUUUUGUCAGUUGGCUUUGAAUUUGUAUAAGUUGCCAAAAAAACUAUGAAUAGUGGCUGUACCAACAUAUAUGCUCUCAACCACAAACUACAACAUUAUUUCAGCAA